AUGCCACAGACCACAGGUGUCCUGCUAAGUUCUCGAUCUCGAGCCUCCAGAGUGCAACAGCAUGUCCACUGUGACUCCUGCUACAGCCGGCGCUGCAGGGCUCGUGUGGAGGUCUCUGUGUGCUGUGCAAUCAUUCCAUGCCGCCUGCACUGUGGAGCUCUAUUCCACCUGUGCAAAGAGGAGGAUCACCUGCUGCUCUGCCCCAAUGUGAGGGUGCCCUGUCUCAAUGUUGAGUACGGCUGCCCGCUCCACCUGCCUCGCUCCUCACAGGCAGCUCACCUUCAAGUAUGUCCAGCCAGCGUGGUGUGCUGCUCCAUGGAGUGGAACCGCUGGCCUGCAAACGAUUCCCACUCUUUUUCGAACGUAGAGCUGCAUGAAAACCUGCUGCAUGAAAGACAACAAGGUGGCUGUCUGGAUCUGGCCAUGGCCCUGAAGGACCAGGACCGCCUCUUUCACCUCAUGAAGAUGAAGAAACUGUUCCCAGAGCUGAUCCAGAGUGUGGAGGAGGAUGAGAAAGAGGAAGAGAGGAGGGAAGAUGAGAGAAGAAAGGAGAAGCAAUUGCAGAAAAAGGCUGCUUUGGAGAAGGAGGCAGCAGAAAGGGCGGCUGCAAAGGAAGUCGCCAGAGAGUCUUUUGACUUGUUAAACUCCCAUAUACCUGAUGGAAAAGAAGAUGAGGACGAGUCAGCUGAAGAUGAAUUUGAGCAGGGGCCAAUACUCUCCCUUGAGGAGAGAGAAGCUAUUGCUAGGGGCUCGGGAUUGGACGCGGAAGUGUUAGAAAACUACAAUGCCUGGGAGCGCAUGUUCAGUAUGGAGAUGGGCGGAUGCAGAGAGGCUGAAGGGGCAGCAGGGGCGGGCAGAGGUCAGGGGCCUGCUAAAGGACAAGAAAAACGCCUGGGAACUUUGACAGAGGAAGAUACAGAUGAGCUCUGUGUAGGUGCAUCCAACAUCUGUAAACAGGGGAGAACUGCAUGCAUUGUUUCCUCCACAUCCAACUCCUCCUGUCUUUCAGGAAAACUGAAGAAGAAGAAAUUUGUGUACGGACACAUUGAGCCCAUGAAGAUUAUCACUGUGCGUACUUUUAAAGUUCCAACAAGCUUCUCUGCCAAGCAGGGCCGCAUUCGCAACCCUAGUUUCUACAAGAGGGAGAGUCAAGCUGUAGACACCAGUGACCUGGGGGUGGCGCCAGAGGAGAUGCCAGUGUGGGAGGAGGUUCAGGCCUCUCUGCUGUGCUCCCUGGAGAAGGAGCAAAGGGGUCACCUGAUCGCAGAAAGCAGAUGCACAGAUGGUCUGUUACAAGACGAAGGCACACAGACGUAUAACUUCUUGUCUGCUCCCUUCCGGAGAAACACGUCAUUGGCAGACCUGACAACUGAAAAACCGCUGGAGCUGCACCUUCAGCUGCAGGUGGAGAGUGUAACCAGCAGACACCACAAGGCCAGCUCUGCCUUUACCUUCCUCUGUGAACACAUCUUUCAGCGCAGAGAAUACGGCAAACAUUAUAGGAACAUACACUGUGACAUCCAGAUGGGUGUGAAUGGGUGGUUUGAGCAGAGAUGCCCUCUGGCCUACCUGGGAUGCACCUACAACCAGAAAAGGUUUCAUCCAUCCACACAUGAAGCUACCGUCUCCUACAACGAGGAUCUAGGCUGUCUGAGCCUGCAUCCCACCACUCAUGCCUCUCUGGGUAAUACCUCCCAAAAGUCCAGGAGCUCAGCAGACUCCUCCAACACUCAGAGGAAGAGAGGGGGUCGAGGUGGACGAGGAGCGGACUCUCUGAGCUGUCUCCCCUACGAGGUGCUGUGCCACAUAGCCAGUUUCCUGGACAGUCUGUCCCUGUCCCAGCUAGCUCUGGUGUCAAAGCUCAUGAGGCAGGUGUGCUCCUCUCUGCUGCAAGAGAGAGGGAUGGUGACCCUCAGCUGGGAGAGGAAAACAUAUUCACACGGGGGAGCCAAGUGGAGGGUGACGCAGAGGGUGUGGCAGUUCAGCACCUUGUUCUCCCCAGUGGACACUUGGUGUUUCCGAGAUGUGCCGUCCAUGUCCGAGCACCUAAAGGUGUGUCCCUACUAUGAGAGAGAGUCCAGGACAGAGAAGAUUCACCUGCCGCGUAUCAGAGAGGACACCCACACUACCAGCAGCUGUAAAGGUGCCACUCUGGUUAGCUUGUUUCAGCACGAGAGGAUCAUGAUGUAAUGCAAACUUAAUGACACUCAGGGCUGCUCUAAUAUUUCAUUAUAUGUUCAUUAAAUGAUCUAGCUAUAGUGGCAUGUUGUCCACUCUUAUUCCUGUCACUGAUGUUGUUGCUGUUUGAAAAUAAAA